UGUCAUGUGCCAUAUCAUGUGACUUCACCGUAGCAGAAUCCAAAAUGGCAGCCACCGUUAAGAAUUGUAUGUUGCUUUUUGUGAUAGUUGUUAUAACUCUAAGUCUAACAACAUGCCAUAAAUUCAAAGAUUUUCCUUAUAAAGAAGCGUAUUACGAUCAAUACGUCGAUCAUUUUAAUCAGAUGUCAUUUGGUGAAAAAACCUUCAAGCAGCAUAUUUUAUAUCAAGACAAAUACUGGGAUCCAAAAGGUGGGCCAAUUUUCUUUUAUGCUGGUAACGAAGGUGACAUAGAAGGAUUUUGGGAUGCAAGUGGCUUCAUUCAUGAAAUUGCACCAGAGUUUGGGGCAUAUGUUGUCUUUCCUGAACAUAGAUAUUAUGGGAAAUCUCUACCAUUUGGUAAUGACAGCUUUAAAGCAGGGCUACUUGGGCUUCUUACUGUGGAGCAGGCUAUGGCAGAUUAUGCUGUCUUCUUGACUGAUCUAAAGCAGAAGUUGAAUGCUACAAACAGUAAAAUUAUAGCCUUUGGAGGAAGUUAUGGGGGCAUGCUGGCUGCUUACAUGAGGUUCAAGUACCCUAACAUUGUUGAUGGCAGCUUGGCAGCUAGUGCUCCUUUGUUCAUGCAAGACCCAGCUGGGCCUCACGAUUUCUUUUUCCAACAUGUCACUCAGGAUUUUAGAGAUAUAGACCAGAAAUGCUAUGAUUUAGUGAAAAUUGCCUUCCAGCAAAUGGACAUUUUAGCCGCUCAAGGACAGCCAGGUCUAGAUCAGAUCAGCACCCAGUUUGGUCUGUGCAAGAAACUGACCGAUCAAGAUUCUUACCGCCAUUUACAAGGCUGGGUCAGGAAUGCUUUUACCAUGAUGGCCAUGCUGGAUUAUCCUUAUCCCACUGGCUUUAUGGGUAACCUACCUGGCUUUCCUGUCAAGGUGGGUUGUGGAGCCAUUAUGAAUGAAUCUAAUCCAAUAGUUGGAUUAGCUAAAGCUGCAGGUGUAUUUUAUAACAGCUCAAGCAUCCCUUGCUAUGAUAUUUUUGAGGAGUUUAUUGAGUGUGCUGAUCCGACAGGCUGUGGUACUGGGCCUGCUGCUAUAGCUUGGGACUAUCAGGCUUGUACCGAGUUAUCUUUACCAAGGGGAAGUAACAAUGUUACAGAUAUGUUUCCUGUGCUACCAUGGACACCAGAGCUUAGAGCUACCUACUGCCAGAAGACGUAUGGCAUAACUCCCAGAGAAAGUUGGGCUUCAAUACAGUUCCUAGGCUUAAAAAUAAAAAGUGCCAGCAAUAUUAUCUUUUCUAAUGGCAACCUUGACCCAUGGAUGGGAGGCGGGAUCAACGAAAACCUUUCACCAUCACUGAUUGCCAUCCCUGUAUCAGGUGGUGCUCAUCAUCUAGACUUAAGGGCAUCCAACCAGCUGGACCCUAUAGGUGUGAUUGUGGCUAGAGAGAGAGAAAAGGGAAUCAUCCGAGCUUGGCUCAGCAGUCCUUAAUUCAACCUAGCUGACCAUUUUUUUUCUCUCAGGAAAGUCAAAGAUUGGUUAGCACAAAAACUUAAGGCAAGGAUUCCAGGAUGAACAAAGUCUUUAUUCAAACAAACCCAGUCACACUAAGUCUAAGCUGCCUUUAUAACUUGAUCUCAUUUGUCUUAGCUACAACACUGAUAUUUUAUUCUUUCAUUCAGUUAUUCAUUACGCAAAGCAUUAUUUGACAACAGACAAUUUUUAUUACUUCUCAACGAAUGUCACAAUUUGCCAAAAUAUUUAUUUUAUAACAGAAUCCUUAAAACUGUCAAAAUGUUUUUUAAACUCGUGUGCUAGUUCAUGGUGAGUGUCCAAGUUGUAAAUCUUAUUUUGAUUAAAUCCUCGGUUUUACACAAACUCUUGUUGACUUGCUAAAUACAACUGCAAAUAUUUUGCUGUUUUAAUGAAGAAAACUGCUGGUAUUA